AUGCUGGAUCACAGUAAAGGCGAGCAUUUCCACUAUUAUCAGCCAGGAGUCGGGACCCACGUAGCACCACAUCAUAACCGAACUCAACGCAUCAAGCACGAAUAUUUGAAGAUCAAAAAUGCUGCCAUCGGCUCCUCACUUGGCGAACAUAUUAUGGGGGGUUAUCUGUUCCUCAUGCGACAUUACUCUCCCGAUGACCGGUUAUAUUUGUUCGGGUUCGGCCACGGUUGUCAUGUUUCGCGCGUUCUAGGUGAAAUGCUGGAGUAUAUCGGUCUGCUCCUAGAAGGAGAUAAGGAACAGGUUCAUCUUGCUUGGAGAGUCUUCGCUGAGUGGCAGCAGCAGCGCGGGGGUAGCGAGGGGGAACGGAAGAAGAAGGCGAAACUUUUUCAACAUCUCGAGACCUUCCGGGAAACUUUCUGUCGCCCAAUCAGGCGUAUUAAAUUCAUGGGCCUGUUUGACUCCGUUCAUAGUGUGCCAUGGCUAGCACCUCCAGGGAUGCGCAGCGCGAAGUUCCUAAAAACUCCUCGCACUUCUAGUAGGGUCAUCCGGCAUGCGGUGGCGAUCGAUGAGCGCCGCGCUAAGUAUCGAGAGGACCUGAUAUCACAGAUCGAACAUGACAAUGACCCAAAUGAGCCGAGCACAGGAAGGCUUCCGCAACGUGAACGACCUUCGGAAGAGUCUAAGUCACAACCCUGCAGCCCUUCGCCCUCUGAUGCCGGAAGUACUUCAAACCACCAAGGCCAACGAUACCGUGCAUCUGAGUCCAAGCACAAUUCUCCAAGAAAAGGCCAGGCUUUGCCGAGGCUAGCUAGAGCUCCAGUGGAUUGGGACUCGCAAAGUGGAACUUCAGCAUCCUCGGCUGCCCGUCCGGAUACUGUUAGCCUCAUAGAUGACAAUGUUGUUGACGAUGAUGAUAACCAAGACAUCCAAGAAGUGUGGUUCGUCGGAGAUCACGCAGAUAUUGGUGGUGGUUACAAACUCGCUAAAGAUGAGAUGUGGCCUCUCAGCCACAUUCCGCUGGUUUGGAUGGUCCAGGAAGCGCAGCAGGCGGGACUUCAAUUUGACGAGCAAAAGCUUAAACGGUUCGAGUGCCGCGAAGAAUCCUUCAGUGAAUUCUCCCAUAUUCGGGCGGGAUCCCGGCAUUCCGAGCACUUAUCCCUUAGUCCAAACCGCCACUCUGGGGGUCUAACCAGUACUCAAAGAGUGGCAUCUGAUAGCACGCUCAGUCAGACGCAUCUCUCCUCCUGGAGUUCCAGCUACCAUACCGCUCUUGAGCUCUCUACCAAUCAAGGAUUACUCCAUGACGCAUUGGCGUUCAACAAUGGCCUGUCUAAGGUGUCUGUGAUCAAGUGGCGCCUUAUGGAGUACCUGCCGUUUCGUCGCAUGGAAUUGCAGCCGGAUGGGUCGUGGAGAGCUGUUCAAUGGCCUCCUUCCCGUGGAACCUCCCGCAAUAUUCCCGAGUCUGCUCAGAUUCAUGUAUCUGUGAGGGGUCGGAUCAAUGCCAAUCCAAACUAUCGCCCAGGCAACCUGAUCCUUGGUGACGGUGGACGGCAUAUAAGACGGGUAUCAUCAGAGCAUAACAUUGGGGAAUGGUCGGCGAAACGUUAUGAAGGAGAUCCAGUCAGGUGUGUACUUGAACGAAAAUUGAAUUUCUAA